GAUGAUGAUAAAAGAGAGAUUUGGGGUAAAAAAGUGGAUUUUCUGUUAUCAGUGAUUGGUUUUGCAGUGGAUUUAGCAAAUGUAUGGCGUUUUCCAUAUUUAUGUUAUAAGAAUGGUGGUGGUGCAUUUUUAGUUCCAUAUUGUAUAAUGUUAAUAAUUGGUGGUAUCCCAUUAUUUUAUAUGGAACUAGCAUUAGGACAAUUCAAUAGGAAGGGUGCGAUCACAUGUUGGGGACGUAUAUGUCCAUUAUUUAAAGGUAUUGGUUAUGCAGUUGUAUUAAUUGCAUUCUAUGUAGACUUCUAUUACAAUGUGAUCAUUGCAUGGGCGUUACGAUUCUUUUUUGCAUCGUUUAAUUCAAUGUUACCAUGGACCACAUGCAAUAAUGAAUGGAACACACCAUUAUGUAGACAAGUAAUUAUAUUUAAUUCAUUAAAUUUAAUUAGUAUAUAUGAUUAUCACAAUAGUAUUAAUUAUACAACUCCAGCAUCUGAAUACUUUAAUCGUCGUAUAUUAGAAAUACAUUUGAGUGGUGGAAUCGAUGAUUUGGGUACAAUUAAAUAUGACAUGGCCAUCUGUUUGUUGAUCGUUUACAUUAUCUGUUACUUCUCCUUGUGGAAGGGCAUCUCGACCAGUGGCAAAGUUGUCUGGUUCACAGCCAUCUUCCCGUACAUUGUGCUCUUCAUUUUGUUUAUACGUGGCAUCACAUUACCUGGCUCGUUGAAUGGUAUCAAAUAUUAUUUGUAUCCAAACUUCAGUAAGAUUGCAGAUGCUGAGGUGUGGGUGGACGCUGCCACUCAGGUGUUCUUCUCGUUGGGACCUGGUUUUGGUGUACUCUUAGCAUAUGCAUCGUAUAAUAAAUUUAAUAAUAAUGUUUAUAAAGAUGCAUUAUUAACAUCAAUAAUAAAUUCAACAACAUCUUUUGUUGCUGGUUUUGUAAUAUUUAGUGUAUUAGGUUACAUUGCCUAUUCAACAGGCAAACCAAUUGAUUCGGUGGCAACCGAAGGACCAGGUCUGGUGUUUGUGGUCUAUCCAGCUGCCAUUGCAACAAUGCCAGGCAGUAUAUUCUGGUCACUAAUAUUCUUUAUGAUGUUGUUAACGUUAGGUUUAGAUAGUUCAUUUGGUGGUUCUGAAGCAAUAAUAACAGCAUUAAGUGAUGAAUUUAAAAUAAUUGGUGAUAAUCGUGAAAUAUUUGUAUUAUUAUUAUUUACAUUAUAUUUUAUCGUUGGCCUGUUAUCGUGUACACAGGGUGGUUUUUAUUUCUUUUAUCUAUUAGAUCGUUAUGCAGCUGGCUAUUCAAUGUUAUUUGCUGUAUUAUUUGAAACAAUUGUUGUAUCAUGGAUAUAUGGUACUAAAAGAUUUUGUAAUGAUAUAAAUGAAAUGAUUGGUUCUAAACCUGGUAUUUAUUGGACAAUUUGUUGGCGUUUUAUAGCACCAAUAUUUUUAUUAUUUAUAAUUAUUUAUGGUUUAAUUGGUUAUGAACCAUUAACAUAUGAUCAAUAUAUUUAUCCAUUUUGGGCAAAUGUUUGUGGAUGGUUAAUUACAUUAUCAUCAAUAUUAAUGAUACCAGCUGUUGCUAUUUAUCAAUUAUUAAUAACAAAAGGAACAUUUUAUCAAAGAUUAAAAAUAUUAACAACACCAUGGCGAGAUACAAUCCAACAACAAAAUCAACAACAUCAUCAUCAAUUACAACAACAACAACAACAAACAACAACAUUAUUAAAUGGUAGCAAUGCAACAACAGCAACAGCAUCAACAACAACAUUAUUACCAUCAAUUGUAUCUGUUUGA